UCACAUGCGCAGCCGCGUGAUCGAAUGAUCGACUCGGCUGCUGGCUCGCUGCAUCGCGAUCGAUCGCGCUCGCGCCGGUUCUAUGGGAACAGGUGGGGUCGGGGGUCGCCCGUAAGCAAGCUAGACCGAUCUGCGGACCACCGGCGGCGCGGCCAUGGAGUCCGACACCGAACGAGACGUCCCCCUCCUCCCCACCGCCCUAAAUCCCAGCAGCCGCCAGCCCCUCAGUGCAGCCAAGUCAACGGCGUUCAAGCGGGAGGAGCGCCGCAAGCGCAAGGACCGCAAGCGGCAAGAACGUCUCGCCCUCGAGCUCGCGCAGUGGGCCCCCCUCGGCGCCCCGCCUCCCCGGCCGGCCGCCACCGGCUCCAGCGCGGAGCACGACACGCCGUGGCCGUGCGACCCGUCCCCGCCUUCGGAGCUGGCGGCGUCCGCCUCUUGGAGCUGGGACCCGCCCGCCCAAUCCCCACCAGCACUGCCCCCGCCCCUGCCCACGGUAGCGGUGGCGUCCCCGCCGCAUCCGCAGGCCGCAGCCGUGAGGUCCUGCCGCGCGUUCUUCGAGGAGCACGUGGACGAUAACGACGACGAGGGGGAGGAGGAGGAAGGCAAUGCGGCUAGGUUCUUCGGCGAGCUGCUGGGCAACGACGCGGCGCUGAGGGGGUUCUACGAGGCGGGGCGGGAGAAGGGCCAGUUCCUGUGCCUGGUGUGCGAGGGGACCGGCGCCAGGAUGGGCAAGAGGUUCGCCGGCUGCGCCGCGCUCGUGCAGCACGCCGGGUCGGUCGCCCGGACCAAGAGGAGGCUGGCGCACCGCGCGUUCGCCGACGCCGUCGGCCGGCUGCUCGGAUCGGGCGCCGGCCGGACCGCGCCUCCGCCGGCUGAAUCUGAUAACGAGGGCGCUUCUCAUCAAGUUGACAACUUGGAUGCUCCUCAAAGCGUAGAAAUGGAGGUGUCCUGACUCCUGAUCACUGCCGUCUACUACAAGAACCGGGCUUUAGCUCAGCUUUCACAGAGUUAUUAGGACUGAAGAGUCCAUCGUGGUUCAGAUAGCUUUGCUGAUUGCUGUCCUUGGUAAGGAAACAGUGCGUAAUAUGCUUCGAGCAUCUUGAACUCAAUGCUCAUCUCAUUGUUGAAUAUCUCGACCUGAUCUGAGGUUGCUGGAUUGCAACUAAUCUUAUUUUGGUGUCUGGCUAUGCUUUGAAACUUGUUGAAGCAUCAGGAGCUCGAUGCCAGCUUUGCUGAACAUCUCAACUUGAUCUGGGGUUGCUGGUUUGCAUUUCAAAACUUGAUGAAUCGAUGUAUUUUGGCUCCAAUUACGUGCCGGACAAGUAAAACCACAUCAGGUUGAGUCCAGACUGCGUAACAAAACUUGAAAAAUACAAUAUUUGUCAGUUGUGCGCGGUCCAUCAAGCCUAACUACAAAGGUCUGACUAGUUUCAACUUACGGAUGGGCCUCAGCCUGAAAACACAGCUUGCUAGUUUCAACUCAUGGGUGGGUCUCCUCAACCUGAUAUACGUUUCCAGGGUUUUGAAACACAUAUCAGGCCUAUAUAUAGUGCAACUACACAGAAGUUGUGACACACUUUCAAACGGCACCAAGCGAUUACAUCAAACCUGAUUAUUCGGGUGAUCGGGUCACCCGUCAGAAUAGAGGAAUAUAUUUGUUACAAUGGACUGAUGGAGAGACAACAACUAGCACUAUUUCCCCUUUCUCUAGGAUCAACAGGUAACUUGGUUCAUUUGAUGACUACAGAAAAUGUUCAAAAGGACGAUAAGUACACUGAGUUACCUGUUCACAAGCCAACUUUGAGCCAAAACUGGUGAGGCAGAUGGCAAACGCCUGGAAUGCUGAUGGAGGUUGCCGAUAGUCCAUUGUAAAAAAGUCCUCCUCGAUUUUUCCGAACUGAAGUAUCACCGUCUCGUCGUCUUGAACACCCCAUGGCUCCCCGGUGCCCACUGGAGCAACAAGUUGAAAGUUCUUCAGAGGCAACCAUAACCCGACCAUGAAAGUUCAGACAUCAGCACUGCAGAUGCUCAUGCCACCGUGGCAUUUUAUUGUUCAGAACCAAUGAACUAAACGUGCUGGGUUGCUUUGCUUCUUCUGCAUCUAUUGCAGCACCCUCAUAGACAGAGCACUGAAUACUGCAGACUAUUCUUCUAGGUCGUCUUGAUUUGAGAAGAUUGUACUCAUGGAACACCUGUCUUACUUCAACAUUGCCAGUGGAAACAAGAGGGUUUAUUUGUUUGUGUACAAGGCAGCGACUGGAUCUGCUGCUUGGCAACAUAGCUCCUUCAUAUCGUGGCUGUUGGUCAUAAACGGUCAACUUGGUUCUCAUGAAGUCAGACCUACAAGCACAGGUUGCUUGAUCAUUAUAGAAUUCUUGUGAAAUGUGUUGUGGUAAGGAUUCAUCAAGCAAAACAAGGCAUCUGGGCAAUAUAAUUGAUUUGUUAUUUUA